AUGCCCAAAACACUUGACUUCGACUACGUUCAAAGUGUUCGCGAUUCCCGCGAGAAGAGAGACGACAAGGCGCAUGGAGACCAACGCGUACGCCGUGACGACGAUAGGGAGAAGAGAAGCAUGCCUAAGGAUCCCCAAGGAGAUCAACGUGGACUCCGUGAAAGAGAGAAAAGAGAAGGAUAUGGAUACCGUGUCAUCCGAGAUGAUCCCCGCGAGAAGAGAGAUGGCAAUGACCAAGGAGCUCAACGUGAACGCCGUGACGACAAGGAGGCCGGAGCUCAACGUGAACGCCGUGACGACAAGGAGGCCGGAGCUCAACGUGAACGCCGUGACGGCGAUGAGCAUCUAGCUCAACGUGAACGCCGUGACGACAAGGAGGCCGGAGCUCAACGUGAACGCCGUGACGACAAGGAGGCAGGAGCUCAACGUGAACGCCGUGACGGCGAUGAGCAUGUAGCUCAACGGGAACGCCGUGACGGCGAUGAGCAUCUAGCUCCACGUGAACGCCGUGACGACAAGGAGGCCGGAGCUCAACGUGAACGCCGUGACGGCGAUGAGCAUCUAGCUCAACGUGAACGCCGUGACGACAAGGAGGCCGGAGCUCAACGUGAACGCCGUGACGACAAGGAGACCGGAGCUCAACGUGAACGCCGUGACGACAAGGAGGCCGGAGCUCAACGUGAACGCCGUGACGACAAGGAGGCAGGAGCUCAACGUGAACGCCGUGACGACAAGGAGGCCGGAGCUCAACGUGAACGCCGUGACGACAAGGAGGCAGGAGCUCAACGUGAACGCCGUGACGACAAGGAGGCCGGAGCUCAACGUGAACGCCGUGACGGCGAUGAGCAUCUAGCUCAACGUGAACGCCGUGACGACAAGGAGGCCGGAGCUCAACGUGAACGCCGUGACGACAAGGAGGCAGGAGCUCAACGUGAACGCCGUGACGGCGAUGAGCAUGUAGCUCAACGGGAACGCCGUGACGGCGAUGAGCAUCUAGCUCCACGUGAACGCCGUGACGACAAGGAGGCCGGAGCUCAACGUGAACCCCGUGACGGCGAUGAGCAUCUAGCUCAACGUGAACGCCGUGACGACAAGGAGGCCGGAGCUCAACGUGAACGCCGUGACGACAAGGAGACCGGAGCUCAACGUGAACGCCGUGACGACAAGGAGGCCGGAGCUCAACGUGAACGCCGUGACGACAAGGAGGCAGGAGCUCAACGUGAACGCCGUGACGACAAGGAGGCCGGAGCUCAACGUGAACGCCGUGACGACAAGGAGGCCGGAGCUCAACGUGAACGCCGUCACGACAAGGAGGCCGGAGCUCAACGUGAACGCCGUGACGACAAGGAGGCAGGAGCUCAACGUGAACGCCGUGACGACAAGGAGGCAGGAGCUCAACGUGAACGCCGUGACGACAAGGAGGCCGGAGCUCAACGUGAACGCCGUGACGACAAGGAGACCGGAGCUCAACGUGAACGCCGUGACGACAAGGAGGCAGGAGCUCAACGUGAACGCCGUGACGACAAGGAGGCCGGAGCUCAACGUGAACGCCGUGACGACAAGGAGGCCGGAGCUCAACGUGAACGCCGUGACGACAAGGAGGCAGGAGCUCAACGUGAACGCCGUGACGACAAGGAGGCAGGAGCUCAACGUGAACGCCGUGACGACAAGGAGGCCGGAGCUCAACGUGAACGCCGUGACGACAAGGAGGCCGGAGCUCAACGUGAACGCCGUGACGACAAGGAGGCCGGAGCUCAACGUGAACGCCGUGACGACAAGGAGGCAGGAGCUCAACGUGAACGCCGUGACGGCGAUGAGCAUCUAGCUCAACGUGAACGCCGUGACGACAAGGAGGCCGGAGCUCAACGUGAACGCCGUGACGACAAGGAGGCAGGAGCUCAACGUGAACGCCGUGACGGCGAUGAGCAUGUAGCUCAACGGGAACGCCGUGACGGCGAUGAGCAUCUAGCUCCACGUGAACGCCGUGACGACAAGGAGGCCGGAGCUCAACGUGAACCCCGUGACGGCGAUGAGCAUCUAGCUCAACGUGAACGCCGUGACGACAAGGAGGCCGGAGCUCAACGUGAACGCCGUGACGACAAGGAGGCCGGAGCUCAACGUGAACGCCGUGACGACAAGGAGGCAGGAGCUCAACGUGAACGCCGUGACGGCGAUGAGCAUGUAGCUCAACGUGAACGCCGUGACGACAAGGAGGCCGGAGCUCAACGUGAACGCCGUGACGACAAGGAGGCAGGAGCUCAACGUGAACGCCGUGACGACAAGGAGGCCGGAGCUCAACGUGAACGCCGUGACGACAAGGAGGCAGGAGCUCAACGUGAACGCCGUGACGACAAGGAGGCCGGAGCUCAACGUGAACGCCGUGACGACAAGGAGGCCGGAGCUCAACGUGAACGCCGUGACGACAAGGAGACCGGAGCUCAACGUGAACGCCGUGACGACAAGGAGGCAGGAGCUCAACGUGAACGCCGUGACGACAAGGAGGCCGGAGCUCAACGUGAACGCCGUGACGACAAGGAGGCCGGAGCUCAACGUGAACGCCGUGACGACAAGGAGGCAGGAGCUCAACGUGAACGCCGUGACGACAAGGAGGCAGGAGCUCAACGUGAACGCCGUGACGACAAGGAGGCCGGAGCUCAACGUGAACGCCGUGACGACAAGGAGGCCGGAGCUCAACGUGAACGCCGUGACGACAAGGAGGCAGGAGCUCAACGUGAACGCCGUGACGACAAGGAGGCCGGAGCUCAACGUGAACGCCGUGACGACAAGGAGGCCGGAGCUCAACGUGAACGCCGUGACGACAAGGAGGCAGGAGCUCAACGUGAACGCCGUGACGACAAGGAGGCCGGAGCUCAACGUGAACGCCGUGACGACAAGGAGGCAGGAGCUCAACGUGAACGCCGUGACGACAAGGAGGCCGGAGCUCAACGUGAACGCCGUGACGGCGAUGAGCAUCUAGCUCAACGUGAACGCCGUGACGACAAGGAGGCCGGAGCUCAACGUGAACGCCGUGACGACAAGGAGGCCGGAGCUCAACGUGAACGCCGUGACGACAAGGAGGCAGGAGCUCAACGUGAACGCCGUGACGGCGAUGAGCAUGUAGCUCAACGUGAACGCCGUGACGACAAGGAGGCCGGAGCUCAACGUGAACGCCGUGACGACAAGGAGGCAGGAGCUCAACGUGAACGCCGUGACGACAAGGAGGCCGGAGCUCAACGUGAACGCCGUGACGACAAGGAGGCAGGAGCUCAACGUGAACGCCGUGACGACAAGGAGGCCGGAGCUCAACGUGAACGCCGUGACGGCGAUGAGCAUCUAGCUCAACGUGAACGCCGUGACGACAAGGAGGCCGGAGCUCAACGUGAACGCCGUGACGACAAGGAGGCAGGAGCUCAACGUGAACGCCGUGACGGCGAUGAGCAUGUAGCUCAACGGGAACGCUCAACAGAUGCUGAUACUGAUGCUGAACGUGUUCGUCGCGCUCUUCGUCGUAAAGCAAGAGAUGACGAUAGCGAUGAU